AUGGAUGAGAAAAACCAUGUCUCUUCCAUCUCUUCAAAUCCAUGUGGAUUCAGCAUAGCCAUGACGUUGGCCUGCUCCUUCUUAUCAUGGGUUUUGAUCCAUAGAUGGGCCCAAAGGAACAAGCAAGGCCCUAAGACAUGGCCUAUCAUUGGCGCCGCGAUCGAACAGCUAAUGAACUAUGACAGGAUGCAUGACUGGCUUGUGGAGUACCUAUCUAAAUCCAAAACCAUCACUGUCCCAAUGCUCUUCACAUCUUACACUUAUAUUGCAGAUCCAGCAAACGUAGAGCACAUUCUCAAGACUAACUUUGCCAAUUACCCCAAGGGUGAAGUGUAUCAUUCGUACAUGGAAGUGUUACUUGGAGAUGGGAUUUUCAAUGCAGAUGGAGAGAUGUGGAGGAAGCAAAGAAAGACUGCAAGCUUGGAGUUUGCAUCAAAGAACUUGAGAGAUUUCAGUACUCUUGUAUUCAGAGACUACGCUCUCAAGCUAUCAACUAUCUUAUGCCAAGCUUGUAUACAAAACCAACAAGUAGACAUGCAGGAAUUAUUGAUGAGAAUGACCCUCGAUUCCAUAUGUAAGGUGGGUUUUGGUGUAGAGAUAGGAACUCUCUCUCCCCACUUACCAGAAAAUCACUUUGCUAGAGCCUUUGACACUGCAAACACCGUUGUCACUCUUCGAUUCAUCGACCCUUUGUGGAGGAUGAAGAGGCUCCUUCAGGUUGGGUCGGAGGCUUUACUUAAUCAAAGCAUUAGAACUGUUGAUGAUUUCACAUACUCAAUGAUUCACAAAAGGAAAGGCGAGAUAGAAGAAGCCCAAAGAAGUGGUAAGAAAGAUAAGAUAAAGCACGAUAUACUAUCGAGAUUCAUUGAGUUGGGCGAGAACCCAGAUAGCAAUUUGAGUGACAAGAGCCUCAGGGAUGUAGUUUUGAAUUUUGUGAUAGCGGGCCGUGACACAACGGCCACGACCCUCUCAUGGUUUAUUUACAUGAUCAUGACUCAUCCCCAUGUAGCAGAUAGGCUCUACUCGGAGCUCAGAGCAUUCGAAGAAGAGAAAUCCAAGGAAGAGAAUGUCACGUGGGUUCCAUGUGACCCAUCAGACUACAAAUCUUUCAAUCGAAGGAUGGCUCAAUUUGCAGAUCUCCUGACAUAUGACUCAAUGGGAAGGCUACCUUACUUGCACGCCGCUAUCUCAGAGACGCUUCGCCUAUACCCUGCAGUUCCUCAGGACCCGAAAGGCAUCUUAGAUGAUGACGUUUUGCCGGAUGGAACCCAAGUAAAAGCUGGAGGGAUGGUGACUUAUGUACCCUAUUCCAUGGGUAGAAUGGAGUACAAUUGGGGCCCUGAUGCUGUGUCAUUCAAACCCGAGAGAUGGUUUAAAGACGGCAUCCUCCAGACCUUCUCCCCGUUCAAGUUCACUGCAUUCCAGGCUGGGCCAAGGAUAUGUCUGGGGAAGGACUCUGCGUAUCUGCAGAUGAAGAUGACGCUCGCUAUCAUUAGUAGAUUCUUCAUCUUCAACUUGGUGCCGGAGCAUCCGAUCAGAUACAGGAUGAUGACCAUUUUGUCCAUGGCACAUGGAUUGAAGCUUUCUGUCUCCCAACGUUCUUAA